UUGUGAGGGAGAGAGAAAGAGAGCACAUUCGCAUACGCUUGACACAUCAGUGUUGACAAAACGAGUCACGUGACCCGCACGAAGAUGGCGCAUCUUACGCUACAUUGCAGCCUCCUCUCGAUACCUCUUGCGCCAACUCGGACCUCUCCGUGUUGCGACCUAUAGACGCCAACUUGCUUCUCCUUCUCAUUUGAUCAUUUGUUUGUAGAACGUAGUGUUUUUUUCUUUCUUUCUACAAGGGCCACCGCAUGAGAGGAUUUUGAAAUCUACCUGCACUUGACUCCAAAUGCGGCUGUAAUAACACCUUUGUGGAGAACGCCUUGCGCGCGUGCGCGUACUGGUCACGGAGACUGCAUCAGACUGAAGACAAGCCGGGAAAUAAUCAUAAUACUGUCCGAUAUUCAAAAAGAACGGCAGUGAUCUUUCAUGCUCCUUCCUCCCCCGCCACCAUCACUGCGCACACCGACGUCAAGAUUCCAGUGGAGACAUGUAGUAUGAACAAUAUUCCCCCUCGUCUUCUUCAUCACAGUUUUUAAACCAGCGUCAUCUCCAGUCUUCGACACAAUGUGCCACAAAUAACCAAAUAUGUGGAUUCCUACCGAAGAGGAGAAAAUCGGAGUUGUUAUCUGCAACUUCCGGUCACCAAUAUGCCAGGCUCUGGUCCUGGAGAUUGGGGAGACUGUACAGAUUCUGGAGAAGAAUGAAGGUUGGUACAGAGGCUUUUCCACCAAGAAGCCUUCAAUCAAGGGUAUUUUCCCAAUCAGCUAUGUCCACUUAAAGAAGUCCACAGUGACAAACAGAGGGCUGUGCGAGACGGUGGUGCCCCUCGAGGACCCCAUUAUCACAGAGACCACCUCGACGCUGCAGGAGUGGGGUGUCUUGUGGAAGCAGCUCUAUGUGAAACAUAAGGUGGAUCUCUUCCAUAAGUUGCGUCAUGUGAUGAACGAGCUCAUCGAUCUGCGUCGGCAGCUCAUCCAGGGUCACCUCGCCCAAGACCAAACCCGUGAGAUCAAGAGGCACAUCACUGUACGCCUUGACUGGGGCAAUGAACACCUUGGCAUCGACCUUGUGCCAAGGAAAGAGUUUGAAAUGGUGGACCCAGACCAGAUCAGCAUAUCAGAGCUUUACAAACUGCAUGUAUCCAGCAGACACUGUGGUCAGCAAAGCACAAACCAGGCUGACAACGUGAGACCACGCCAUGGUGACAGUUGCCGUGUCCCAGUGUCACACCACCUUUUCAUCAAUCUGAAGAGCUUCACUUACAACAGCAUCAGCGAGGACGCAGACGUCUUCUUCUCUCUGUAUGACACUCGAGAGGCCAGACAGAUCAGCGAAAAGUUCAUGGUGAAACUCAACAAAAAUGGAGGACCAAAGAAUCCAGAGAAGGUUGAUCGUCUUUGUGCUCUCUUCACGGACCUAAGUAGUAAAGACUUGAAGAGAGACCUGUACAUUGUUGCACAUGUCAUGAGAACUGGCCGCAUGCUGCUGAACGACUCAAAGAAAGGCCCACCACACGUGAUGUACCGACGACCAUAUGGCUGCGCCGUUCUCGCUAUGAGUGAUGUUUUCCAUACUAUCACUGACCUCAAAGAGGAGAAGGACUUUGUGCUUAAAGUUUAUACAUGUAACAACGAAAACGAGUGGUACCAGGUUCAUGAAAACAUCAUCCGCAAGUCCAACACCAAAUACUCUGCUCCCAGCACCAAUUAUGGCCUCAUCAUUUCCCUGCAGCUGUUGAGGGGCGAGUUGGAGCAGAUCAGACGGGAGAACCAGGCGGUGUUCAACCGCGCCCUGGCACUCACGCGCAAACUGGGUUUUCCAGAUGUCAUCAUGCCAGGUGACAUUCGCAAUGACUUGUACUUAACCCUGGAACGAGGCGAGUUCGAGCGGGGUGGCAAGAGUGUACAGAAGAACAUUGAAGUGACGCUUUAUGUCCUCUAUGCCGAUGGGGACACUCUCAAAGACUGCAUCAGUUUGGGCAGCGGUGAGCCCAACAUGACUGAAUAUCGCUCCUUUGUCCUCUACCACAACAAUAGUCCUCGGUGGAGUGAGAUGGUCAAACUUCCCAUUCCCAUAGACCGCUUCCGAGGCUCCCACCUACGCUUCGAGUUCAGACACUGUUCCACUAAAGACAAAGGGGAGAAAAAACUUUUUGGCUUCGCUUUCACUCCUCUAAUGAGAGAGGAUGGGACGACGCUGUCGGACGAGAGUCAUGAGCUGUAUGUCUACAAGUGUGAUGAAAACGCCACCUUUAGUAACCAGGGCCUGUACCUCAGCCUGCCGUGCUGCAAGGAGGACUUCAACAGUUGUCCCAACUUGCCGGCUAAUUUGCCAUUCCAGAGGAGCCCUAAAGAGACCUUCUGGGUUUCUACCAUACUCUGCUCCACAAAACUCACACAGAAUGUGGAUCUGUUGGCACUUCUGAACUGGAAAACCCACCCGGACAGGGUGCUGGACAUCCUUGGUCGACUGCGUCAGAUCAGUGGAGAGGAGAUUGUCAAGUUCCUUCGAGAUGUCCUGGAUACACUCUUUUGUCUUUUAGAUGACAACACUGAUAAAUACGGACCUCUGGUUUUCCAGUCUCUGGUAUUUAUUAUCAACUUGCUCAGGGACAGCCGUUUCUACCACUUUCGCCCAGUAAUGGACUCUUACAUCCAAAACCAUUUUGCUGGAGCUUUGGCAUACAAGGAGCUUAUUCGAUGCCUGAAGUGGUACAUGGACCGCUCAGCGGAAGUCGUCCGACAAGAUCACAUCCAGGAAGCCAUGCGGGCUCUGGAGUACCUGUUCAAGUUCAUCGUCCAGUCCCGAAUAUUGUAUGCACGUGCAACCUGCGGGAUGGAGGAGGAGCAAUUCCGAGCGAGCAUCCAGGAGCUCUUUCAAUCCAUCCGUUUUGUGCUGAGCCUGGACAGCCGCAGCUCAGAGAACCUUGUGUUCACUCAGGCGGCGCUGUUGAACAGUUUCCCUGAUAUAUUUGAUGAGCUGCUGCAGAUGUUCACAGUUCAGGAAGUGGCUGAAUAUGUCCGUGGCACCCUUGGAAGUAUGCCCAGCACCGUUGACAUUGGCCAAUCAAUGGAUGUUGUCAAAUUGCAGUCGAUUGCGCGGACCGUUGAAAGCCGGCUCUUCUUCUUCCCUGAGUCUCGAAGCAUUUUGCUUCCCGUUGUUCUGCAUCACAUUCACUUGCACUUGCGCCAGCAGAGGGAGCUGCUUAUCUGUUCUGGGAUUCUUGGCAGCAUCUUCUCCAUCAUCAAAAACAGUUCUAUGGAGUCGUCUGUUCAGGAGGAAGUGGAGAUGAUGGUUGAGAGCCUCUUGGAUGUAUUGCUGCAGACCCUGCUGUCAAUCAUGAGCAAGUCUCACUCUGUGGAGACAUCCAGAGGCCAGCGCUGCCCUCAGUGCACUGCAGAGAUAACGGGGGAGUAUGUGUCCUGUCUUCUCUCUCUGCUCCGACAGAUGACAGAGAUCCAUUUUCAUCAUCUACUCAACAACUUCCAUAGCAAAGAAGAGCUCAAAGAGUUCCUGUUGAAGAUCUUCUGUGUAUUCCGGAACUUGAUGAAACUGACGAUCUUCCCUCGAGAUUGGAGUGUCAUGAGACUUCUAACCAGUCACAUCAUUGUUGUGACAACACAGCUUCUUUCUCCAGCGCUGCACAAGAACUUUUCCGAGGCUGAUUUCGAUUUCAAGGUAUGGAAUUCCUUCUUCAGCCUCACCGUGCUCUACAUCAAUCAGCCCAGUCUCCAGCUGGAGGCGGUCGGACCCGCUAAGAGAAAGAAAAUUCUGGAUAAGUAUGGAGAUAUGCGAGUACUGAUGGCUUAUGAACUCUUUAGCAUGUGGCAAAAAUUAGGUGACAACAAACCCCACUUCAUUCCAGGAAUGAUGGGCCCCUUUCUGGGUGUGACCCUGGUUCCUCAAACUGAAGUUCGAAAUAUUAUGAUUCCAAUUUUCCAUGACAUGAUGGACUGGGAGCAGAGGAAAAAUGGAAACUUCAAACAGGUGGAAGCAGAGCUGAUGGAUAAGCUGGAUAGCAUGGUGUCUGAUGGCAAAGGCGAUGAUAAUCACAGGGAACUCUUCAGCCUUUUGACCCAGUUGUUUGGCCCUUAUCCUAGUUUACUGGAGAAGAUAGAACAGGAGACCUGGAGAGAGACGGGCAUCUCAUUUGUCACAUCAGUCACAAGGCUAGUGGAGCGACUGCUGGACUACAGGGACUGCAUGAAAGGCGAUGAAGUCGACAAUAAAAAAAUGGGCGGCUCUGUCAACCUCAUGAACUUCUACAAGUCGGAAGUCAAUAAGGAGGACAUGUACAUUCGUUACAUUCAUAAGCUGUGUGACCUCCAUCUCCAAGCUGAAGACUACACAGAGGCCGCAUUUACCCUGUUACUGUACUGGGAGCUUCUCCAUUGGGAGGACCGGCCCCUGAGGGAUUUUCUUCACUAUCCAUGCCAGAGCGAGUGGCAGCGCAAGGAGAACCUAAGUCGUAAAAUCCUCCACUACUUCAACAAGGGCAAAUGCUGGGAAUAUGGCAUCUCUUUGUGUCGGGAGCUGGCUUUCCAGUAUGAAACGUUAUAUGAUUACCAGAGUCUCAGCUGGAUAAGGAAAAUGGAGGCAGCUUACUAUGACAACAUUAUUGAGCAGCAGCGGAUCGAACCAGAGUUUUUCAGAAUGGGCUUCUAUGGCAGGAAGUUUCCAUUCUUCCUCAGGAACAAAGAGUUUGUCUGUCGUGGCUAUGACUACGAACGGCUGGAGGACUUCCAGCAAAGGAUGCUGGGAGAGUUUCCGCAAGCCAUCGCCAUGCAGCAUCCCAACCAACCCGAUGACACCAUCCUGCAGAGUGAUGCUCAGUACUUGCAGAUCUAUGCGGUGACUCCAGUGUCAGACAUCUCAGAUGUGCCUCAAUUGGAGCGUGUGCCCGAGAGGAUCAAGAGCUUCUACCGCAUCAACAACGUCAGCCGUUUCCACUAUGACAGGCCUUUCCACAAGGGUCCCAAGGACCGCGAAAAUGAGUUCAGGAGCCUUUGGAUUGAGAGAACCACCCUGAUCCUCUCCCGCCCUCUCCCGGGCAUCUCUCGCUGGGCUGAAGUGGAAAAGAGGGAAGUGGUGGAGGUAAGCCCUCUGGAGAAUGCCAUUUAUGUGGUGGAGAAUAAAACCCAGGAGUUGCGGACUCUGAUUAGCCAGUACCAACACAGACAGCAUCACGGCAACAUCAACCCCCUCAGCAUGUGCCUCAAUGGAGUCAUCGAUGCUGCAGUGAAUGGAGGCAUCGCUAGAUACCAAGAGGCAUUUUUUGACAAGGACUACAUCAGCAGUCACCCGGAGGAUGCGGAGAGGAUUACACACCUGAAGGACCUCAUGCAGGAGCAGGUGCACAUUCUAGGGGUGGGUCUUGCUGUUCAUGAGAAGCUGGUACACCCAGAGAUGCGUCCACUACACAAAAAGCUGGUGGACCAAUUCCACAUGAUGAGGACUGGUUUGCACCACUAUAUUUUUGGUACUCAGCAGGGUGUGCCUGGUGUGGAGCGAUUUGGCCCUGGUGGCUGCUCGGGGGUCAACUCUCCCAGAGGCAUCCUCUCAUCCCACAAUCACAUGAGCCCUGAGAGCCUGCGCCUCAUACACAGACACAGCCCUCUGAACCUGCAGGGAUCGAUCCGUCACUCGUCCUCCUCACUGUCGUCUCACACUUCAAGUGAGGCCGGAACAGGAAACCUCGCCAUAAUGACUGACGGUUUGAUGGGGGAGCACCCUGAAGAGUCCAUUCACAUGCAGCCGAGCCCUUCAUCCUCCAGCCUGAGCUCAAUUCGUUCCAACUCCUCCCAAAUUAUAAACUCGGCUCCUUCGAGUGCUAGAGGUUCCCCGUCCUUGCCUGACAAGGCCAAGCACAACAGGGAGGUGAUGAUCCUGCUGCCAUCUCAUCGUGAGAGGGCCAACAAUUCCAUGUAUUACAACAUGGCAGAAAAUGGACAGAAUAACCACAUGCAGCGUGCCUUAGUGCAACAAGUUAGCCCCUGCAAGCCUUGCGCAGAUCCUCACAUGACUCUCCCAGAAAAAGUGUUUCCAAACGUUCCCAGCAGCUGGAACCUGGAUGGAGAGAACAGGGAACAAGUGUCCUACAUGUCAACUUCUACUGGAGGUGUAAUUAUGCCCCCAGUUCCCCCCAGAUCCUUUCCACCAGGACAUUUCCUAAUGCAUUGUGAUGCAUAUAACCCCCAGAACAACGACCCUCCACCCGCCCUGCCUGUGCGUUCACUUCGAAAGUCUCCCCUUCACCCGAUUCCUGGCUCCCCUACCAGCCCUCAGUCUGCUUUGGGCGGAAGUAACUCCACCCUUUCCGGCAGUGCCAGCAGCGGCGUAUCCUCUCUGAGCGAGAGUAAUUUCAGUGGCCAGUAUCCAGAUCCUGGCCCCAUCAGGAACGACGCCUUGGAGCCUCUCCCAAGCCACCUGUGGUCACCCCCCGACGAGUACCUGGCCUCCUCGUACCUGCACAUCCACUACGGCACGCCAGAAAUGGACUCAGUGGACCCGGUCCGCCCUUUCCAUUACCGCGGCCCUGCCUCUCACCCUCACCCUCAUUCCCACCCGCACCCCCACGGGCACGCUCAUUCUGGGCUGGAUGGCCACUCCCACGGGCCGGCGCCUCACCAUCACCCUCCCACACACGGGCCUCAUCACAUCCCCUAUCGCAGGCCUCAGCCCCCGGCCAUCCCACCCAAGCCCUACCUGAGGGAGGGCUGCAUCCCAGAAGAGGAUCUGCAGCCUCAGCCCAUUCCGCUGCCCCGCCGGAUUUUCCACUCCCCCCACGGCCACAGGGACGAGCAGGGCAAGCACGCCUGGGAGCAGUGCAUCAGUGAGGAGCACGAGGAGGCGCAGUGAUGACAUGAGAGAAAUAAAACAACAAUAAAAGGACAGCAAAAGAUCUCGAUUGUACACACUUGUACAACUUGUCUGUGAGCAUGUUUUCCAUUCACAAAUAAUACGACAAGCGUUUUGUGAAAUCUAGCGACCAUGAUCACGCCCGCGCAGGACCAACUCACGAUGCAGCAUCAGGUGGUUGUUGUUCACAGUCAAGUGACUUCUCUGCUUUCAAUGCUUCAUACACAGGAAUUCUUAUUUUGAUAAAUUUGCUACAUGAUAGUGUUUUAAAAGGCUUCAUAUAUCCAUUACACUGUUAAGUGCUCCUUAAUAGUGACUCAUAUUUUCCGCGUUACAAAGGUUGGACCAGCAUCUUUGGGACUGGCUACUCUCCAUCCGUACUACAUGUAUGGAAACCUACGUGAAUGUAUUCAGAUGAUCUUCUUGUACAGCAAACUUGAGUUUUUGUUUUGUUCCAGUUCUUUAAUUUGAGUCUUUGUUGAGGACCUAUUAGGAAAGAAGAACAGAAACGGCUGCGGGUUGACAAGCUGUCUGGAAUGAAUCAAUUCCCCAUACUGUCAUGUGACAAGUUCUCUGUGAAUGAAGGCUGAAAGGACUCUUCACUUCACGCCUUCUCCCGCUCACUCUCUGUCUCUCUCCCCUCUCCUUUACUGUAUCAGAUCCUGUUAAGCAGUGAGGGCUAAACCUGCUCAAUGACACUGUCAAGCCCAUCAGAAAGUGUCAGAAUCGCCUACUUGCCUUAAGUGCAGUCACAUAGUUUGACCUCUCAUCUGGACUGUAAGCUCUUCUUUGUGUUCUCUCCCUCACGGAAAAAUAGGCCCCACUUUCUGAUUUUGGUUUCAGAUUGCCAUGUUUGUAGGGCUGAUAUUUCUUAUCCCACUUAUGCCUCUUCUCUUCCCAGUCACGUCCUGUAUUGUUAAAACGAAUCGUGUUUCAGACUGAAGGAAAAGAACAAUGGAAGAGAUGUGUUUAUUAUUAUUACUGUAUAAUUUUUUAAAAUCCCUAAGUGUUUUAUUUGGCAGGUGGAGGCUUCGUAUCACUGUACAUCACAUUCCCAGCUGACUAGACAUCUAUUUUUGUAUGUGAGACCAUUAGUGGUGUGAGCUUAUUCACAAAGGGCCCUCGUACUGCACGUGUUUCUGUACUUUGUAUGGACAUAAGCCUGAGGUUAGAUAUAGGCCUAAACACCAUUUGAGUAUCAACUGCGGAGGAGAACUACACAAUGAGUUGAUGCUCAAACUAGAGGAACAAUUACAAGUUUCCCGUGUAAAUUCCGUUAAUGUACAUACAGCUGUAUUGUGAGCUAUUUUUGAGAAUUAUUGCAGACACCCCCAAAAAGUUUUAUUGUUGUUUUGUGUAUAUACAUGUACUCCAGAGAUCAAUGUCAUUGAUAAAUAUCUAUAAUCAGUGUUUGAAAAAGGAAUUCAUUAGACUGUGGCCGUCUCCACCGUUCUUGACAUUGAGUCUCAUAUAAAUAAUUUAUACACUUUUCAAUGUGCUUUCCUGUACAUAUGGUGUUAGCAUGAUCGGACCGUGUUUGGUUGUAAAAGUGGUUUUCCUACUCCCAUAACUGCUGUGGUAUGGAAUUCAUUAAACAAUACCAAACAAUAAAGACAAUCUUUUAUCAGCAUCA